AUGGCUUUACCAAAGCGGAUCAUCAAGGAGACGGAGAGGUUGAUGAAAGAACCUGUUCCGGGCAUCAGCGCAAUACCUCAUGAGGACAAUCUAAGAUAUUUCGACGUAUCAAUACAUGGUCCUUCCUCCUCUCCAUACGAAGGCGGUAUUUUCAAACUCGAAUUGUUUUUGCCUGACGACUAUCCAAUGACUCCUCCCAAAAUCAGAUUCCUCACCAAAAUCUACCAUCCAAAUAUUGACAAGCUUGGCCGAAUCUGUUUAGACGUUCUCAAGGGUAACUGGUCUCCUGCACUCCAGAUUCGAACAAUCCUCCUCUCGAUCCAAGCUCUCCUCGGUGCUCCUAACCCUGAUGAUCCUUUAGCUCCAGAAGUGGCAAAGAGAUGGAAGGAGGAUGAGCCGGCCGCGAUCGCGACUGCCAAAGAGUGGACAAGAACACAUGCUAUGAGUUAA